GCAUUAUAUUAUAGUCCUUUGGUAUAGUUUACCUAGAUAGGUUAUAGCUCAUGAAUUUUAUUCUAGGUAGCAAUAAUUUCCGAAAUUGUCUACUCACUGGGUAUACGCGUUUUGAGCCAGUUACAAGUGUCAGUCUCAUCGAGUCAUCGAGUGCCGUUUAGAAUAGACAUGGAGGUGAAAGGAUAGUAAAAAUGACGGAAAGUUUAAUAAAUGAAUGGCUGACGGAUUGUGCAGAUGUAUCAUCAUCAGAGCUUCAUACUUUUGCUACUACUCUGUCACAAGAUAAUGAGAUAGUCAGAGCACUUUAUGUACUUUUGGAAGAACGUAGUAAAUAUAGUCAGUUGGUGGAUACUGUAUGCGAUCAGUUAUACAAUUUCUAUCGUUCUCGGGAAACAGAACUACAGAGGUUUACCUUGCAGUUUUUGCCAACGUUAAUAUACAUCUAUUUAAAUUCUGCAGCUCAUGGCGAUAUUAAGAACUGUAGAUCUGUAGAAACAUUAUUAAUUGGAUUGUAUAAUCUGGAGAUAAUGGAUAAGUCUGGACAGCCAAAAGCAAUUUCUUUUAGAUUACCAUCGCUUGCCAUGCUUUCUGUAUAUCACGAGCCAGCAAGUUUAGCACCUGCUUCUUUAACAGAGAGUGCAGUACGUAGAUUUGAAGAAUGCAAUACAAAACUUGUUAGUUGGGGUCCAUUGCAACAAGUUGAAACAUUGACUGCUCAGAAUAGAUUAAAAGUUAUGACUGCUCUUUUGUUUAUUUAUAAUCAACAAUUGGGUUAUAUAAGCAAGUUUGCUUUGGAACAGUUAUGCAAAGUUGCUACCAAACUUGUUACCCAAGGAUUUAUGAAACCAGGACACCAUCAACGAUCUUCGUACGGAAGUGAAUCUAGUUUUGUUCCAAGACUUCUACCUCGUAUACCUGUAUCCAGUCAAUUUCUUCUUGAAUUUUUGCAUGCUGUAUAUUUUGCUAUGUAUAACGAUUGCUGGUACAUAGGAACUCAAGCAGUGGAAGAUAUUCAUAAUCGAGCAUGUUAUGAAACAUAUCCAGAUGUUAUGCUAGUCACGAAUGCUAUACGAAAUUCUGCUAGCAGUGGUCCGUCAGGUCAACCUACCGAUGGACCAAUUGGUAUUAGCGUCGCGUUAUCACCAGCAACUGCAACCGCCACGGUGUCUAAAUCAAUGAUUACAAACGCUUCUUUCCGGGCCAAAAAAUUGCCAGACGAUCUGGAUGUGACGUUAUUUGAGGAUGAAGCGAACGCUAUUGAUCUUGAAAAGCAACAUCAAGUAGCAGUGUCCAACACUACGAAGCGGUUCCCUUGGUAUUGGAAACAUUCACUUCCGGUUUCAAUCGCAGAAGAUACUGAAAUAAGAAAAAUGAGUCCUUCUUCCUCGAUGGAGAGUUGCAGACGAGGAAGCAUGAUAUACCAAUUCAAGAAACCAAGGAGGAUUCUGGAGGAGAGGCAAAAAGUAAUCUUGUUUCUAUCACUGAAGAAGAAUCCACAGAAUCAAAAACAGAGUUGGUUCAAUAAGACAAUCGAAGGAUCAAAAGACUGUGUCGACGAUUACAAAUUUUCUAGUGCGUGGAAAAAGAAACAUCGAAGAAGGAAUAGAUAAAAUGUAAUUAAGAACGUUCGUAUUGAUCCGCCUGAAGAAGAAAACGAAUUUGGAUCUCAGACAAGUUAAAGGAAAGUAUUAAAAAUUCAAUGUUAAUAGCGAUUCAUUAAUAGAAAUGUUAAUGAGUGUUUAAUCAAAAAAAAAAAAAAAAAAAA